AUAUGUCGUGAACUGUCACAUUGAUGAUCGUGUGUAAAUAUGAAAACUUCGUUAAUAAAAUGGCUGUUGGGAAUUUACGAUUACCGGCAAUCACGGUGAAGCGUAGAUAUAUAGUACGAUUAUUAAUUACAUUUUUUGUAAGGUAUAAUGACUUGUCUUAUUUAAUCAAUGCAUAUAAAAAAUAAAAAAAUUAUGAUUCUUGAGAAAGUGCUAAAUAAAAAAAAAAUACAAAUCGAUCAAAAUACGUUUGGGAACGUUAAAAAUUGUUACGCUUAUUUUUGUUAUAAAUUAUAAUUUUGAGUUUAUGUUAAUCACAGAAAGAACUCAAGAAACAGCAGUCCAAAUUAUUACUUUAAUAAUUGUUAUAAUUAUUCCUCUGAUAUCAUUUAAAAACAUUUAACAAGGAUUACAAAAAUUUUAAUCUGUGUUAAUUUGUGUUUAAUAUGGCUUAUACUUCACUGCCAAAACUUGUCAACUUAAAUAAAUUACAGUCAAAUAAUGUUGAGAAGACUUUAUCGGAAAUAUUACAGUCAGAUCCGGUAAAACGUCUUCUCAAUCAGCCUAAUAUUAUUAUUAAGACUAUUCCACUAAAUACUCAACCAAAAUCAAAUUUUACAUCAAAUAUUACAAACACAAAUAUUGUAAAUAUUUCCACAAAUACUUUUGGAGGUAAAAAUAAUGGUAUCAAUACAGAUUUAAGUAGAAUAAAACAGCCAGAUGUUACUGUAUUUUCUACUAAAUCAAAUAAGGAAGAAAAUACGGAUGAUGAAAAUCUUUUACCUUCAAAAACUGAAGGGAAGUCCGAAAUUGCAUUACUCCCUAUUGAAAGGAAAAAGAAGAAUUGUGGACACUAUGGACCUUGUGAAAACAUUACUUGCGAUGUCACUGUUGAACAGUGUAUAGACAAUGAUGGAAUAUCUCUUAUGUUAGCUGUUAAUAUAGAAGAAAAUGAAAUAAAUGCACCUGUAUGGAAACAUUGUAAAAACAGUUCCUGUGAUGCAUUGAGCAUCGACCAUGAUCGUUGUCGUAGAGCGAUUAUAAGGCUAAACAGAUUCAAUAAGUCUAAGAUUUGUGAUAUUUGCGGUAUCACAUUGAAAACACGAAAAUCUCGAAUACACCAUAAAAACUGCAAAAGACAGAAUGAAUAUAGACAUAAUAAAACAGACAGUGCGCAACUUUUAAAAGAACGAAUGCGUGAAAGAGAAUUGCAAAUGCUAGAGGAUGCAAAAACGAAAAAGCAAGAUUACAUGGAUCCAAUAACAGGAUAUAAUCGUGCUAUGGACGUUUUAAGAAAAAAUGAAGAAUUAAUUAUUAUUCCAAAAACACAAUCUUCUCAGCAAUCUGGCAUUACCAUAACUUCCUCGUCUAAUCAAAUUAAUCAGCAAACAAAUACUAUCAGUAACAUCUCUACAAAAUAUAUGCCAAAUAUACCUCUAGUAUUUCCACAACAAAGUGUAGUUCUAAGUAAAAAUGCGGGUUCUAAUGAAAAUAAUAUUACACAAACUAAGUUAACUCAUACACUAAACAGCAAACUUGUAACCACUUCAACUACUACAAUCCCAAGCCAGUUUAUCAAAUUUACUAACUCACCUCAAACCAGUUUACAGUCUAUAUCAUUGAAUGAUUGGUUAUUAUCACAAUCUCAUGUUGUUACAACUUCAUCGCUUCAUUCUAAACCAUUUUUAACACCCAUUCGUGUUGUACCGAUAACUAAUUUAAUAACACAGCCAUCAUUAUUACAUAGAACACAAGGCAUUCCAAAAUUUUGUAUUAUGGCAGAUAAUUCAGUACCAGCUUUAACUAUACCAGAUAUAAAACCCGUUAUAUCGCCAAAACCUAUAGAUAAGCCAAAUACCAAUCCUGAUGAAAGUCCUAAACAAGAAUCACACAAGCGUAAAAAGUCAGGAGUAAAGAAAAACUUACGAAAAAAAAACAGAAAAAAAGAUUUGAAAUGUAAUUAUUGCAACAAACACUUCAGCACAGAUUGGUAUUUUAAAAUUCAUGUUGCUAUGCAUAGUGGUGAAAAACCUUUCACAUGUAGAUUAUGUCAAGAGUCUUUUAGUAAUAGAUAUGAUCUAAAAAAGCAUCUAACAAAUGAUCAUAAAAAUGAAAACAUUAGUUGCAAUGAUUGUGAUUUCACUUGUACUUCAUAUUCGUCACUUGAUAAACAUAUGAAAACACAUUCUGCAAUGGUACAAUCACACCAAUGUUCUGAUUGUAAUAGUAUGUUUACAACUAUCGAUGAUCUUAAUUCUCAUAAACAGGAAUGUGAUGGCCAAAUAGACACAGAUAUUAAAACUGCAGAAACGGAAUCAGAAAGUAAGGAAAUUAAAAAAAUAGAAAAAAAAGAUCAUGAGAAUUCGAGUGACGUUUCUAGCGAAACUGAAGACAAAUGUAUUAAUGGUACAGAAAAAAAAAUAUUUAACUCUGAUAAAAAAAGUAUGAAACAAGAAAAGCAAAACAAAGUUUCAUUAGGAGAAACUAACGGUGUUAAAGUAAAUGGCGUUUGUCUUCAUUCAUAAUAUGAAAUUCAUAAUUCAUAAAUGAAAAUUAAAAUAAAUUUGAUGAGAACUAAGCCCUCAAUGUCACAAUGUUUGAAUGUUAAUCAUAACAUUGAUGAAAUAUAUCUCUAUAAAUUUACACAUGCGCAGACAUAAUGAACAGAUGAAGUUAAAUUUCCAAAUCAUUCCAUAGAAAAACUUUUAUAAAGGCUACGUUAAACUUGAUGCUUUUUCUGCAAUGAUAGAGAAAUAAAUGAUUAAUGUAAAUGUAUAAAUAUAAUAUUACAUAUUAUUGCUAAAUAGUUACUUAUUUCAAGUAGGAUUCUGCUGCAAAGAGAGUAAAACAUUAAAAAUUAGUAUUUCUUCUAAAUAAAUCACAUAUUUUUUCAGCAUGAGGCACAUUUACUAAUGGAAGAAAUUCUAAUUUUCUUCAUUAUUCUUAUAGUUAAUAAGCUUUGCAGCAGUGGCUCGUGCGAUAUUUUUAUUAUGAAAUUAGAAAAGUGCAAGUUUCUAAAUUUUCCUAAGGAGACACAUAAUCUUAAACGUAUUUUUUGUAAUUUUAAGUAGCCUUUAAUAUAUUACGGAUUAGUCGAAUAUUAUUUAUGAAAUAAGGACUAUAAUUAGAUAUAGAUCGUAUAAAUUGUGUGAUCUGUGA